AUGGAAAACUCAUUUGUAAAGGCCAUGCUUCCUACUGAAAUCAAAGCUAUUGAUGAGCUCAAGGCUAAAUUGCCAGAGAUUACCAAGGAGGCUCUCGAUACCGAAGAACCUUAUGUCUUGUGGAAUGUUCCCUUAGAUAGCACCUCGACUGAUGAACGACUCAAUGUACUUCUUUGUAAAUUCCUCCGUGCAAGAGAAUUAAAUGUCGAUAACGCUGCCACUAUGUUGACCAACACUCUCAAGUGGCGCAAAGAAUUCAAGACGGACGAUAUCCUUGAUGAGACUUUUGACCAAGAGGUGUAUGGAAGUCUCGGUUACUUGCACAAGCAUGAUAGAGAAGGCCGCCCAGUCUGCUACAACCUUUAUGGUGAUAUCGAUCAAGACAAGGUCUUUGCUAAUCCUGACACAUUUAUUCGCUGGAGAGUUCAGUUGAUGGAGAAAGGUGUACGUUCGAUUGAUCUUGUUAAGGUCGAUUCGAUGCUUCAGGUCCACGAUUACAAGGGGGCUUCGAUGUUCGGACGUUCUUCCAAUGCAAAAGCAGCCACCAAAGAGAUCAUCGCUAUAAUGCAGGACAAUUACCCUGAAUAUCUGUCAACCAAAUUCUUUGUUAAUGUGCCCUGGUGGGGAAGUAUGAUUUUCCAGAUGGUUCGCCCCUUUUUGCCUGAGGCCACUGUAAAAAAAUUCGUAGUAUGCUCAAGUAGCGAGAUCUUUGCUGGCCUAACCACACUUAUCGAUGCUGAGAAUCUUCCUGACCGAUAUUUGCCUGUAGUAGCCACCAAAGAGGUCCAAGAAACUCCGGUCCAAAAAGUCGUUGUUGAGGAGGAAUCCCAAAGUGUUUCUGGUGACAAGACCUCCGAGCCUACAGCAUUCUCUUCCAAGGUUCAGGAAGAUGACAAAGAAGAAAAAGAAGAAGUAAAAGAACCCGAUACCAGUAAAGUCGAUGUGCCAACCAAAGAUAUAACUGAAUCUCAACUGGAUAUCGAGGUCUUGCCUACAGGUGAGCCAGACGAACCUCUUUCUAGCCGAAAGGACGAAAAGAAGCCAGCAAAUUCCAUCGACUGA